UCCAGCCCUACACUGUGGACUCUGAUCUGCAGCCCUCCCUGUCAGCGAUGUGAGUGAGGAAGGAACCGGUGGAAGCAGGCACGCACACUGUUUGUUGCGUCUGGUCGCGAUACGUGAUAUUUCGGGCUUCCUCGACUUUGGUUUGCAUUUUGAACUUUCUCUUUCACAAGUGUGCGAGCCGGGACAGACACACACACCAACAGGCAGCCAGCUGCUGAACAUAGAGGCUGCUUCCAGCCCCAAUCCACCGGGUGUGCCUCUGAGCUGGGCUUAUUUGGAAUUAGUGCUUCUCUCUCUAUUCCGUGUGUGUGAGUGUGAGAGAGAAGCUUUGCCCCCGUCGCUGAAGACCCUGUCCUGAGUCAGACAGCCGCCGAGAUCAUGAACGCCGGCCUGCGGUUAUUGAAAUCCCUGGCGUGAAGAGGGUGUAAAACGGGCGAAUGAACCCACUUGUGUGCAUCUUCGCCUUAACUUUCACCAGGCUGUCGCUUAUGCAGUUCGCUCUAUUCACACAGAGAAGGCAAGUAAAACGAGUUUGUUUUUACUGUUACCUCCAUCUGAGUCUGGACUGCCAUAUUUUCACAUUGAUAAACACUGAAACUGGGAUUUCUCUGCUCUUAUUAUGCAAUUUUGCUGCAUGUCUACCAAAAGCAGAUGCUGAUCACAAUUAUAAUGCAAGCAAACCAAAGAAUUCAGCAGUGUUAAGUGAAAUGCUCAAUAUAGUGGGAGCGAUACAAAAAGAAGUGGAGGAAAGACAUAAAGAAGGUCUAUUCCCUCCUAAAGAUAUACCUGAAUUACAAUUAUACACUCCUGAAGAUAUACCUAAUGACUGUUUCGAAACUGCUUUGAUGUGCUUCAUCCAAGAACUGAACGUUUUGCAGUUUGAAUUUGUGCUCAAGUCUUAUGAAUUAAAAGACAAGAAUAAAAUGAAUAGAAAUGCAAAAGCGUUUACUAAAUUUAAUGGGCAGAAGAACUGCAAAAUCUGUGAAACAUUCCAAGAAAAAAAUGCAACACAUUUUCUAGAAGCUUUUCAAAAACAUCUCCAAAAAGAGUAUAAACAAAGAUAGAUCAUGUUGUACGUUUAAAGAUUCUACCACUGAUGAGGCUCGACUACUGAUGCUGGAACUGCAAGCUCAGGCAUACUAAGGGCCUUCUGGCUUCCCACAAACCCGGCCUUCUUGCGAAAACCCAGAACUGGAACCCAACCAGGGUGGGGAGAAGACCCAACAACACGGUGACCUGACAUCGGAGGCCCUACCAGACUGACUGCAAAACGCCCCAGAGUGCUCAUGAAUGAGACGAGUGCCCAGGACCCCAUUGGACAUCUACUUAUCUUGCUGACCCGUCGGAACUCUCAAGACCGUGAUUUGUACACAGGACCAAUUUGGGAACUCUUACCUCUCAGAGCAGCAGAUUUCCUUCAUAGACACCCAGGAUUGACUGAGAGCAGCCAUUCAACCAGGAAAUGUGGGGGAUACGUUGGACUUCAGGUGAGACUAGAACUUUGGGAUUUGUGUCCCCCCAGUAUAGUCCUGGUAAGCAUCCAAGCCAUUGAGAACAAAAUGGAUGAACUUAAAGCUGGACUCAAAAGGAAUUGAGAGAAUGCUCUGUGCUCUGUCCUACAGAGACAUGGCUCACUCCUGCUACACCUGACUGUGCCUUACAACCUUAGGGCUUCUCAGUUCACUGAAAGGACCCGUCAGCGUCCUUGGGCAUUGCAAGGGGCAGUGGGAUCUGCCUCCUAAUCAACAUCCUGGUGCUCAGAUGUGGUGACCCUAGCAAGUUACUGCUCCCUGGACCUAGGAUAUCUUACAGUAAAGUUCCAUCCCUACUACCUGCUGAAUAAGUUUACCUCUAUCCACCCUGAUAAUAGUUUACAUCCCAUUCCAUGCAGAAGUGAAAAGUGCACUUGACGAAGUGUACAACACUGCAAACAGUCUUGGAACAGAACACCCCAAGGCCUAGUCCAUUGUAGCUGGUGAUUUCAACCAGACCAACCUCAAGAACUUACUGCCAAAAUACCACCAACACAUGUCCUGUCCAACCAGAGGCCCGAAUGUCCUUCACCAUUGCAAUACAACCAUCAAAGAUACUUACUGCUCCAGCCCCCAUCUACAUUUUGUAAAAUCACAAUGUUGUGCUCCUCCUCCCAGAAGUUGAAGCAUGAGAACCCAGUAUAGAAAGUAAUGCAAUAUUGCAAUGAGCCAACAAAAAAGCUUCAAUUGGACUGCUUACAGUCAGUGGACUGGUCCAUAUUCAAGAACUCAGCAAGCAACUUAAACUACUGUUAGAGACUUCAUUAGUAAGUGCGUAGAAGACUGCAUACCAUCUGAAUACUCCCCAACCAGAACGCAUGGAUGAACCAGGAGAUCCACUCCCUACUGAAGUCCUGGUCUGACGUGGGGCAAACCUACCUUAUACAGGAAAUCCAUGUACGAACUUUGUAAGACCAUCAAAGACACCAAGAGGCAAUACCAAACUAAGCUUCAGACCCAGACCAACGACACGGACAUUGGUUGUUUGUGACAAGGCUUACACAACUGAUGGGCUACAAAGAGAAGUUGAGUAGAAAUCAUGGGCAACAGUACAUCCCAAUCCGACAAGCUCAAUUCAUUCUAUGCUUUCUUUGAACAGAAUCUCAGUGAAACAAUGUUACCUACCCUCAGAUACACCUGCACCUAUGGUCACUGCUGUAGACAUUGGAUCGGUCUUCAUGAGAUGAACCCAUGGAAAGUGAUUGGCCCGGAUGGAGUCCCCAGCCAAGCACUCAGAUCCUCUGUAGACCAGCUGGCGGGAGUAUUCACAGAUAUCUUUAACCUCUCCUUACUAUGAUCUGAACACCCUACAUGCUUCAAGAAGACCACUGUUAUCCUAGUGCCAAAGAAAAAUCAUGCAGUGUGCCUCAAUGACUAAUGCCUAGUGCACCUGACCUCCAUCAUUGUGAAGUGCUUUGAGAGGUUAGUCAUGGCUCAUGUCAAGUCCAGCCCACAAAAUUGCCUGAUAUUUUGCAAUUAACCUCCCAACACAACAGGUCCACAGCAGACACCAUCUCUCUGGCCCUACAACAUCCCUGGAAUAGCUGAAUAACAAGGAUACCUAAGUCAGCCUUCUACUUAUUGACUACAGCUCUGCCUACAACACCAUAAUUCCAAAAAAAAACUCAUCUCUAAAUUCUAAGACAUAGGUCUUGGCUCCCCCCUCUAUAACUGGAUCCUUGCCUUCCUGACCCAUAGACCACAAUCAGCAAUGACAGGGGAUAACACAUCUCCCACCAUAAUCCUCAAUACAGGUGCCUAUAAGGAUGCUUAGUCUGCCCCCUACUGUAGGCUUUGUAAACUCACAACUGUGUAGCCAAAGUUUGACCCAACGCCAUUUACAGGUUUGCUGACAACUCCACUGUUGUUGGUCGGAUCUGAAGCAAUGAUGAGACAGAAUACCAGGAAAAGAUUGAGUUCUUUGCAGCAUGGUAUAACGAUAACAAGCUCUCCAUCAACAACAGAAAAACAAAGGAUCUGUCAUUGACUUCAGGAAGUGAAGUGGAGGGCACGGACCUGUCUCCAUCAAUGAUACUGAAGUGGAGAUGGUUGAGCGUGUCAAUUUCCAGGAGUGAUGAUCACCAACAAUCUCUCCUGGUCUUCUCACAUCAACGCAAUGGUUAAGAAAGCACAACAGCAUCUCUACUUCCUCCAGAGGCUAAAGAAGUUUGGCAUGUCCAAAAGUAUUCUUAUCAAAUUUUAAUGAUACAUUAUCGAAAGCAUCCUAUGUGGAUGCAUCACAGUGUGGUGUGGCAUCUGGUCUUCCCAAGACUGUAAGAAACUACAGAGAGUCAUGAGCACACCCAGUCCAUCACGCAAACCAUAUACUUCCCGCUGCGUUGGAAAAGCAACAAACAAAAUCAAAGAUCCCUCCAACCCUGGUUAUACUCUCUUCCACUAUUCUCCAACAGGCAGAAGAUAUAAAAGUUGGAAUACAUAUAUGAAUAGAUUCAAGAACAAGCUUCUUCCUCAUUGUUAUCAGACUUUUGAACAGACCUAUCACAUAUUAAUUCUGAUCUCUCUCUCUCUGCACCU